AUGCAUUCCCCUGUGGAAUCGCGAGAGGCUGGGCUUCUCCAGAGCGAGGAGCCCACAGACGACCUCCCCAGAGAGGCGACGGAGGACGAGAUUGAGACUCUCGUCCAUGAACCUCAAGAUAUCCCCAUCACCGCAUGGCUGCUGUCCUUCACCGGAGCUGGAGCUAACCUCGCUCGCUUCGGUAUUACUGUGACAUGGCAGAACUAUCUCCAGAACCCUCGCGGGAACCCGCUGCUCCCCGGGGCAUUGGGGUUGGGUCAGGCUACGGCAACGACCAUUCAGAGCGCCUUUCUGUUCUUUCGCUACUUGACACCAAUUCCAUUUGCGGUGGUGUCGGAUGCAUACCUUGGUCGCCAUACAACCAUGCACAUCAGUCUUGGGCUGCUUGUCGCUGGGUACAUUGUUCUCAUUGCGACAUCUAUCCCCAGCGCGUUGGACCAGGGCGCUGGACUCCCUGGCCUGGUAGUCACCAUGAUUCUAGUUGGACUGGGCCAAGGAGGUCUGAGUGCAGUCAUGUAUCCCUUUAUUGCGGAUCAGAUACCUGAUGAAAAACCAAAAGUGCGACGGAACAAAAACGGGCAGCUUGUUGUUACUGAGCGCCAACUUGCCGUACAAUACGUAUUUAACGGCUACUACUGGAUGGUCAAUGUAGGCUCCUUGGUGACGAUUGCCACUACUCUCAUCGAGAGACACGUCGACUUUUGGCUUGCAUUUUUGCUGCCGACAGUCAUCUUCAUCAUCACCGUUUUCCCGGCCAUAUGGUGGCAUAAACGCAUCGUCAAGUUACCCCCUGAAGGCAACGUGCUACCUCAAGCAACCAAGGUUCUGCUCCUUGCCUCUGUUUCAGGAUUUCGAUUAUCGGCUGCUUCUCCAGAAACCCAAAAGAGUCUGCAUGGUCGCGAUGUCCCAUGGACCAGCGCUUUCGUGAGCGAAAUCCGGCGAGGCCUCAAGGGCUGCCGCGUGAUAAUAUGUUUUGUUAUUUUUUGGCUAUGCUACGACCAGUCUUCGAAUAACAUCAUCUCCCAAGCCGGUCAGAUGAGGCCGGAUGGCAUCAAUAACGAUACAAUCCAGGCACUCAACUCUGUUGCUUGUAUCAUCAUUGCUCCUUUAAUCCAGGAUCUUCUCUUCCCGUUCUUACGCAAGCACAAGCUCCCCUUCGGCCCUAUAUUGCGUAUGACGGUUGGAUUUCUAUUCACUGCGGCCGCGAUUGCCUAUGCUGCCGGCAUUCAACAUUACAUCUAUUCCAAGGGACCUUGCUACAAUUACCCUCUCGAAUGUGAUGCCGCGUUAUUGGAAGCAGACUCGGGGAAGCGAGGGCCCAAUGAUGUGAGCAUAUGGCUACAGACUCCUUUGCUUGUUCUUCUCGCCUUUGGAGAGAUCCUUUGCCUUGUUUCAUUGAAUGAAUAUACGUAUUCUGAGGCACCGACAAAUCUGAAAUCAAUGGUCCAAGCACUGCAAGCUGUUUCGUCGGCCGCAGGUGCAGCAUUGGGAAUUGCAUUGGGAAUUGCGUCAAAGAACCCAUAUCUUGUCAUUCUGUUCGGAUCUAUGGCUGGUGCUAUGGCAUUUUCGGCAGCUUUGUUUUGGAUAGUUUUCCGGAAGUACGAUACCGUAUAUGAGACACGGAAGUCUAACGUGAUAACUGAAGCUGAGAGUUCAAGCAGCUGA